AUGCUCUUGUUAGGCAUCCUUGCCCUGGCCCUUAUUGGGGCCCCCGCUUGGGGUUCGGACCCUGAACAGGAGAUUGUGGUUCCCAUCCGGCUGGACCCCGACAUCAACGGGCGCCACUAUUACCGGCGGGGUCCCGAGGACUCUGGGGACCAGAGACUCAUCUUCCAGAUCACUGCCUUUCAGGAGGACUUCUACUUACACCUGGCUCCUGAUGCCCAGUUUCUAGCGCCCGCGUUUGCCACUGAGCAUCUGGGUGUCUUCCAGGCCGGAGUGUCGGAGGGCUCUCCCAACCUCCGCCGCUGCUUCUACUCAGGGGAUGUGAAUGCCGAGCAGGACUCAUUUGCAGCCCUGAGCCUAUGCGGGGGUCUUCGUGGUGCUUUUGGCUAUCGGGGUGUAGAAUAUGUCAUUAGUCCUCUGCCCAACGUCAGCGCGCCUGAAGCGCAGCGCAACAGCCAAGGUGCACAUCUUCUCCAGCGCAGGGGCGCCCCUGGCCGGACACCAGGGGACCCCACUUCCCGCUGCGGGGUGGCCUCGGGAUGGAAUCCGGCCAUCCUGCGUGCCCUGGAUCCCUUUAAAUCUCUUCGGGCAGGCUCAGGGGAGAGCCGGCCACCCCGAAGAGCAGGGCGGGCCAAACGUUUUGUGUCUGUCCCUCGCUACGUGGAAACACUAGUGGUGGCUGAUGAGUCGAUGGUGAAGUUCCACGGUGCAGAUCUAGAACAUUACCUACUGACACUGCUGGCGACUGCCGCGAGGCUCUACCGCCAUCCCAGCAUCCUCAACCCCAUCAACAUCGCAGUGGUCAAGGUGUUGGUCCUCGCGGACAGAGACAAGGGGCCCAAGGUCACAGGUAACGCGGCGAUGACCUUGCGUAACUUUUGCGCCUGGCAGAAGAAACUUAACAAAGUAAGCGACAAGCACCCUGAAUACUGGGAUACCGCCAUUCUCUUCACCCGGCAGGAUUUGUGUGGUGCCACCACUUGUGAUACCCUGGGAAUGGCUGAUGUGGGCACCAUGUGUGACCCCAAGAGAAGCUGCUCAGUCAUUGAGGAUGAUGGACUUCCAUCUGCCUUCACCACUGCCCAUGAGCUGGGUCAUGUGUUCAACAUGCCCCAUGACAAUGUGAAGGUGUGUGAGGAGGUGUUUGGGAAGCUACGGGCCAACCACAUGAUGUCCCCUACACUCAUCCAGAUCGACCGUGCCAACCCCUGGUCAGCCUGCAGUGCUGCCAUCAUCACUGACUUCCUGGACAGUGGACAUGGUGACUGCCUCUUGGACCAACCCAGCAAGCCCAUUUCACUGCCUGAGGAUCUACCGGGAUCCAGCUACACUCUGAACCAGCAGUGUGAGCUAGCCUUUGGUGUGGGCUCCAAGCCCUGCCCCUACAUGCAGUACUGCACCAAGCUGUGGUGCACGGGCAAGGCAAAGGGCCAGAUGGUGUGCCAGACCCGCCACUUCCCCUGGGCAGAUGGCACUGGGUGUGGAGAAGGCAAGUUCUGCCUGAAGGGGGCUUGUGUGGAGAGGCAUAACAUCAGUAAGUACAGGGUGGAUGGUUCCUGGGCCAAAUGGGAACCUUAUGGCCCCUGCUCUCGGACCUGUGGUGGAGGUGUGCAGUUGGCCCGACGGGAGUGUAGCAACCCUGCACCUUCCAAUGGGGGCAAAUAUUGUGAGGGAGUGAGAGUCAAGUAUCGAUCCUGUAACUUGGAGACAUGCCCCAGCUCAGUCUCUGGCAAGAGCUUCCGGGAGGAGCAGUGUGAGGCUUUCAAUGGCUACAACCACAGCACCAAUCGGCUCACCCUCACCAUGGCCUGGGUGCCCAAGUACUCGGGCGUCUCACCCCGGGACAAGUGCAAGCUCAUCUGCCGAGCCAGCGGCACUGGCUACUUCUACGUGCUUGCGCCCAAGGUGGUGGAUGGUACCCCAUGCACUCCGGAUUCCACCUCAGUUUGUGUCCAAGGCAAAUGCAUCAAGGCAGGCUGUGAUGGGAACUUGGGCUCCAAGAAGAAAUUUGACAAAUGUGGAGUGUGCGGGGGAGACAACAAAAGCUGCAAGAGGGUCACCGGACUCUUCACAAAACCCAUGCAUGGCUAUAACUUUGUGGUGGCUAUUCCAGCAGGAGCCUCAAGUAUUGACAUCCGCCAGCGGGGCUACCAAGGCUUGAUCAAUGAUGACAACUACUUGGCCCUGAAGAAUGGGCAAGGCAAAUACCUGCUAAAUGGGCACUUUGUCGUGUCCGCUGUGGAACGGGACCUGAUGGUGAAGGGCAGCCUGGUCCGUUACAGUGGGACCAGCACAGCAGUAGAGAGGUUGCAGGCAUCAAGGCCCAUCCUGGAGCCUUUGACUGUGGAGGUACUCUCCGUUGGCAAGAUGACCCCACCUCGCAUCCGAUACUCUUUCUACCUACCCAAGGAACCCCGGGAGGACAAGUCUGCCUAUCGUAAGGACAAUCGAGGAUCUUCUGUGCUCAACAACAGUGUCCUCAGCCUCUCUAACCAAGUGGAACAAACGGAUAACAGACCUUCAGCUCGUUGGGUGGUGGGCAGCUGGGGGAGCUGCUCUGUGAGCUGUGGGAGCGGACUGCAGAAACGUGUGGUGGACUGCCGGGGCUCCCCAGGGCAUCUUGCUGCUUCUGCCUGUGACACGGUCCAGCGGCCAACAGAGACAAGGCCCUGUGGGGAGCCCUGUCCGACUUGGGAGACAGGUGCCUGGUCUCCCUGCUCCAAGAGCUGCGGCAGGGGAUUUAAGAGACGACCUCUGAGGUGUCUAGCCCAUGGGGGACGGCUGCUGUCCAGGGACCAAUGCAACCUUCGUCGGAAACCCCAGGAGUUGGAUUUCUGCACCCUGAGACCAUGUUGAAUCAGGCUCUUUCUGCCACCCCCUCACU